AUGAAUCAAUCAUUAGCGAUGUUGAUGAAGCUGAAGCUGUUUCAGGCAGGUCAUCCGGAUAGCUCUGAUGAGAGAGAUUUCCCGAUAGGCCAUAAGAAGGACAAGAAGCACAAACUUUGGGGCAAAUCAAGACUUGGUGGACACAAUGGCAAGAGUUUACCGGAAUUGUCCAGUGGAAUUACACAUGAAUCACCGCAGUUGAAAUCUAUUGGCGAAGAAGAGAGCUCAAAAGCUCGCAAGAGCGAACUGGAUCCAGAGGGAAGCCAGGAUGGGAAUCUCAGUACACAGGGCUCUGGAAGAAGAAAUGGGAAAUUACGAAAUCUGAAGCAUAAAAUCAGCUUGCAUGAUAUCAAGUCUUUCAGAUCAUCCUCUUCGCAAAGUGUCAAGCAGGCAGAUGCCGACCAGAAAGGACGGCCUCGCAGCUCUGGGGACGACGAAUCGAGCCACGCGCUAGACAACGAGAUGACUAAACGAGGAAAUGGCGAAGUUGCCCGCGCUCCUAUGUAUUCUACUAGCUCGGUUUGGUCUGCGAGGUCUCCAAGUUCUGCUGCGAAGACCGAGUACCACGGUCACACUUCCACGGCAUCGUCGGUUCGCUUUUCAAGCAACAUAACUAGCAGCAGGUCACACGCGUCGAUUGCAUUCCAUCAUUCAAGAAGCGGUUCCAUGGAGGUCAAAGGCUCGAAGAUCAGAUCAGCGCCGAUGGGCCGCCGGAGAAGUCGGACGGUUGGUGGUUCUGACUGCGUGGAACCAAAUAAACAUACUCCACUGGCUGGAGCGACGGGUAGCGACUUUAUGUCAUCUAUCACCUCCCAUCUGGGAAGAUCCCGCAGCAGCUCCCAAGCUAGCAGGUCGCCGCUUAUAAGCUCACAAAGCAAUUCGCAUAUACAAUUUCCUAAUACUGCCGCGGUGCGUGCAGCGACGCCACCAACGCCGCCCAGAUUAUCGAACGGUACUAUCCCGUUCCCCACGGCUGGUUCUCAGCAAGCAAUGAGCCAGCAAUCUAUAUCAAGGAGAAGCAGCUCAUUGGUUAAUGCAUUCAAUAGCUUUGUCAACUUGAGGUCAUCCAGCGCAUCCUCGAUGAAAGGCCCCUCCGUCAAAACACUCACUCCCAAAUUUGACAUUUCUCUGGAUGAUUUCUCAGAACCUCCAGAGCCUACGCCGGAUGAAUCGCCAAAAGAAUAUUUACUCAAGUUGGGGCAGUUUGGUAAAUUUAUCGGGAUUAUUCUUUGUAGCGAGAAUGAUCCAUUCAAACUGCAGUCAUUGAAGUACUUUCUAACCCAUUACUUCGAUUUUAAUCAUGAUCCCCUGGAUAUAUCACUGCGAAAGCUGCUGAUGUUUUUGGACUUGCCAAAAGAGACCCAGCAGAUUGACAGGCUGCUCUCCGUCUUCAGUCAAGUUUACUACGAAGUGCAACUGGCAACCGAGGCUUUUUGUCCUUGGAGUAACAGCGAUCAAGUAUACUUCGUGGCUUUCUCUCUCUUAAUGUUACACACCGAUUAUUUCAAUCCAAGAAACCGAUUCAAGAUGACGAAAUGUGAGUUCAUUGGCUUAGUUCAUGAUGAUCAGCAGUCAGACGGUUUCAAAAUACCCAAAGAGAUACUUGCAUACUAUUAUGAUAACAUUGUCGCUAAGGAAUCGCCAAAAUUCGAUUUUUUUUCUGUUCAGCAACCAUUAAACAGCUCUGACGUUCGAGCUCAGAACGAGACUUCGGGGUCUCACUCCUCGCCCGUUUAUUCCCCUAUUGAAAUCAUCAAUGCAGCUGGAUCACUGGCAUAUCAAGAUCAAAUCCCCGUGACCUACGCAUCGCGUGGUCGCGUCUCUUCGAAUUCCUAUUCCUCGUAUUUUCCCCAUGUUCCAAUCUCAACUUCAAGCAGCAGUGCUUCAGUUUUACAAGAUGAUGUCGAUAUAUACUCGCAUAUCUUAGAAAAUUCUCUUUCCGAAAUGGAUAUGAGUGGCGAGGUUAACAGAUACUGGGACGACAAUUGCAUUUCACGGCCGUUGACUAGUGCUAACAACAGAUAUGCCAAAUAUUUUUCAAUCCUGAAAGAGAUAAAGGGCGGCUAUCUGAAGAUACGCAAAGACCUUGUGGCAAGAAUUGCAUUACCAAAUUUUGAGAUCUUAAACGAAUCUGACGACGAUUAUAGGUACCUGAAGAUUAUUCAGAUGGGUGAAAUUCAACACCUUACUAUCAAUAAGAAGUUUUCCAUUGUUGGAGCAGUGCAUAAGAUUUCAUGGAAGAAAGAGUACGCGAUUCUUACUCCCUCUGGGCUACUGAUAUUUGAUUGCAUGGAUUGGGUCAGUCCUGACCUUGUGAAGGAUGAAAAAACAGGCACAUCUAAUUAUAUUAUUGAGUACAAAUGUGACGCCCCUAUUAUAUCUGAGUCUCCGAUUUGCUGUAAUGGGCUUCUCGCUAUUCGAAAAGAGGAUGAAAUGGCCAAAACUGGCAUCUUUUAUUGCCAAACGGCCGAUGAGCAUAACCUCGACGCUGAGUUGGCAGAUAUCCCAGCAGAUUGCAUAAUGCAUCUGCAUGGCUCGCAAAAGGUUAACGUCUGGAAAUGUUCCGGUCAAUAUGAGCGGGACAAUUGGAUCGAUGCGAUUAACUUAAUGGCCGCAUACGAUGGUUGCUACUACAAGCCAGGUUCUUUGGACAAUAGCAUUAUGACCCUGAGAAAGCAUUCCAUGAAAGAACGGAUAAGCAAGCUGGAACAUUCAACUGAGGAGAAAGCUGCCAAGCUGCGAGAACUGCAAACAGUGAUGCCGCUUUAUCGCCAAUGUAUGCCUCUAAGCUAUAAAACUAGAAAUGAAUUGACGGCCCAUAUCAAACAGCUGGCUGUAAGAAUGGACUGGCUAGUUUAUGAAACAAAACGAAAUGAAGUGUAUUUGGAUGUCAUUCGGCAAGUAGAUGCCAGCUUCCAACUAUGUCUGAACAAAGCUUCCGAAGCAGAAGAUUUUGACUCGCGUAACAACGUUAAUUCGAUCCAUGAAAGCUUUAUUUUCAGUGAGGAACUGAUACCAGCACGUCACGCUGAAGACAGCUCAAAGUUCAACGACAGUUUGGAGAUCGAUACCAAUGACUUCUUUCUGGAAGGUUAUAAUGAUAGGUGA